UGACUACACCAACAACAAACUUCUUAUGUAGGUACCUGGACAUAACUUGGAUUGUGGAAAUAAUCGAUUAUAGCUUCCAGCACAUCAUUGGUAUUUUAUUUUAUUGAACCCUGAAAGGAUGGAAAUCAAAGCCGACUUCAACUGGAUUUGAACUCUAAGCACAAAGAACGAGAAUAAAUACAGCCAGGCAUGUCUCUUUUUUUUUCUUUUUUUUUUUUUUGUUGCUCCUCUCAAGCAAUUCUGUUGUUUCAUCAAAUAAUGAUACAGAAGCUUAUACUGAUUAUUAUUAUUAGUAGUAUUAUUAUUUAUUCCUUAUUAUUGUGACCCCCCCAUCAUCAAUAUUUGUCAUCUCUAGAGAAAGCACUGGGAAAGAAACAGCCUCUGAUAAAGAUUGUCUGAGUAUUUGAAUUCUAAGAAAAAUACCUGCAGGGACCACAAACUGACUUUGGACAAUUCUAUUUCACUGCAAUUUACUUGGAUGUUGUGGAUUUUUACCCUAAGACUUUUGGUCAGUAUAGUUCUUAUAAUUCUUUUGAUGUCAUUCUGGGCAAACCCAUAGCUUAUUUCAUGUGGACAAACCCAUAGCUUACAUUAUGUAGACAAACUCUUAGCAUCUUUCAUGUGGACAAACUCAGAAAUUACUUCACGUGGACAAACUCAUAAAUUAUUUCAUGUGGACAGACCUGUAAUCUAACUCAUGUAGACAAACCAAUAACUUAAUCCAUGUGGACAAACCUAUGCCUUACAUUGAACACCAAAAACCUAUCGGAAAUCUCAAACACCAUUGUUGAUAUUCUCAUUAACUGAUUGCUAACAAUGCUAAGUACCAAAGCACAAGCUUUUUGUGUGGAGUCUUUACUCAUGAAAAAUUCCAAAAACGGCUGGAAUAAAGACUCCACUCGACCCAACCAUGGCCCUCCUGACUACGCAAUGAAUUUGAUUAGUUCAGUACCAAACUACCAACAAAAAAACUUCAAUGCUAUGGAAAGAAUCAAGACUAACAAUAUUCUCUGUGAAAAACAAAUCAAGGUUGAACUUUGCCAAAACGAACUAUGGUUAGCAUUCCAUCAACUAGGAACUGAGAUGAUAGUCACUAAAUCUGGCAGGAGAAUGUUUCCAGCAUUGCGUGUGAAAGUAUCUGGACUGCAAGCUCAAGUCUUGUACGAGGUCUCUUUAACUUUUGAACCAGUGGAUAAAAGAAAAUAUCGAUACGUCUAUCAUAAUUCAAAAUGGAUGGUUGCAGGUGUUGGUGACAUAAUCCCACCCAAUCAAAGCUACACUCACCCCAACUCUCCCAUGAGUGGCUCAUAUAUAAUGAGUCAAGUGUUGUCAUUUGAGAAGAUCAAAUUGACCAAUCACAAAAGCCUGACCCCAAACCAAAUCUCCUUGGUUUCAAUGCAGAAAUUCCGUCCUUGCAUUCAUCUUGUUGAAGUCAUCAACAAUGAAGUCUGUACCAACACUGAACACCGUUUCUCAUUCACACAGACAUCAUUCAUUACUGUCACUGCUUACCAAAAUCAAGAAAUUACUCGACUAAAAAUUGCAAGAAAUCCGUUUGCAAAAGGUUUCAGGAAAACAAACAAACACAGAAGUUCCCUUGACAUGAUGUUGGCCACUCUAGGGAUGUUGUAUUCACAUGACACUACCGUCUCCCAUUCUGUGAAGAAUUCUUCAAAGAAACAAAAAACAGUGUCUUCAAAAGCAGAUAUCCCAAAGUCACAAGUUGACUGGAACUAUCCUCAUAGAGCAACAGAGAUGGUGGGAGACUGGCCAGCCAUGACUCUCACUCAGAACACUCCACUCCAAUACAGACACAACAUACGACCGGAUGUUAAUGUCAGCUUAAACUCCGCUCAGUCGUCAUCGAGGUUCAGUGACUCUCUUCGUACAUUUGCUACCAACAGCAACAAGAGCAACAACAACAACAACAACAACACCAUCAACAACGACAACAACAUCAACAACGACGCUAACGACUCACCAUACUCAAAACUUUGUGCAAGCACAAGCCCGUAUCCCAUUUUGGCGUCCAAGUUUGUUUCCAUACGUUGCCCAUCAUCUGUAGUAGCAGUACCAUCACAACCACCACCGCAACCACGGCCAAUGCUAGCGCCUCUACUGCAGCCUGUAAGAACGCAUCCACUGCUACUGCCGCUGCCACUGCGAGUGGCACUGCCACAUCCACCACUACCGCCGCCGCCAUCACUACCACUAACGUUCUAUUAAUACCAGCAAGAGAGAGGAGGAAGGGGAGUGUCCUGAAAGGCGUAGUUGGAGGCCCAACUUUCUGAGUUCUUUUACAAGGUUUAGAAAAACUGAAGGGCCGCUGCAAUAAGUGUGUGAAUCUGAGAGAGGGGAAUAUGUUGAAUAAAAUCAUAAUUAACUGAUCCUCCUGUAUUUCC